UUAUCAGUUCAAAAAACUUCCAUUGGCCCCAAAAAAGACAAAUCUUAAAAUCCCAAACCUAUCCCAAAAAGGAUUGUCCUUCUCUUCUCUAAAAACGUGUUAAUUCUAUAUUCAUUGUGUUAUAUACAUAUUAUUUGUAUCUGGGUUUUUCUUGAUUUGGAUUCUUUUUUUGUUCGAAUUGAUGGGACGGUGGAGAAAUUGAGUUAAGGUUAUUAUUUGUAUCUGGGUUUUUCUUGAUUUGGAUUCUUUUUUUGUUCGAAUUGAUGGGACGGUGGAGAAAUUGAGUUAAGGUUAUUAUUUGUAUCUGGGUUUUUCUUGAUUUGGAUUCUUUUUUUGUUCGAAUUGAUGGGACGGUGGAGAAAUUGAGUUAAGGUUAUUAUUUGUAUCUGGGUUUUUCUUGAUUUGGAUUCUUUUUUUGUUCGAAUUGAUGGGACGGUGGAGAAAUUGAGUUAAGGUUAUUAUUUGUAUCUGGGUUUUUCUUGAUUUGGAUUCUUUUUUUGUUCGAAUUGAUGGGACGGUGGAGAAAUUGAGUUAAGGUUAUUAUUUGUAUCUGGGUUUUUCUUGAUUUGGAUUCUUUUUUUGUUCGAAUUGAUGGGACGGUGGAGAAAUUGAGUUAAGGUUAUUAUUUGUAUCUGGGUUUUUCUUGAUUUGGAUUCUUUUUUUGUUCGAAUUGAUGGGACGGUGGAGAAAUUGAGUUAAGGUUAUUAUUUGUAUCUGGGUUUUUCUUGAUUUGGAUUCUUUUUUUGUUCGAAUUGAUGGGACGGUGGAGAAAUUGAGUUAAGGUAUUAUGCAGGCUGAUCAGACGGUGUUAUGUUUGAGACCAGGUGGUGGUAACAGAGGUGGUGGAAGCAGAGUGCUUGGCCCUCGUUUUGAACCUUCCUCGACUAACUCAGAUAUCCCUUUGCGUCGUCCACAUGGCGGUUCUUCAUCUUUCAAGAUGAGUCUGACGGCAGAUUCUCCCGUCCACUCAUCAAGCAGCGAUGAGUUUGCAGCAUUUCUUGAUGCAGAGUUGGACUCUGCUUCUGAUGUAGACGAAGUAGAAAGUGGAGAAGCAGAGGGAGAGGAAGAGGUGGAAGAUGAUGGCAGCAUAGAUUCUAGCAGGUCAAAGAAGCGUAAAAUUGAGUUGAUUGAAGCUGCAGUUGAUCCACAGAGUUCAGUGUCUCGUGGAGAACCAGCAGAAACUUCAGGAGCAUCUUUGGCGCUGGAUGUAUGCACUCAUCCUGGUGUCAUGGGAGGGAUGUGUAUACGGUGUGGGCAGAAGGUGGAAGAUGAAUCUGGUGUGGCUUUUGGAUACAUACACAAGAAUUUGAGGCUUGCAGAUGAUGAAGUUGCUCGAUUACGUGAAAAGGACCUGAAAAAUUUACUACGGCACAGAAAGCUGAUCUUGGUUCUAGAUUUAGACCACACACUUCUGAACUCAACUAGACUUGCAGAUAUUUCUGCAGAAGAAUCAUACUUGAAGGACCAACGAGAAGUACUGCCUGAUGCUUUAAGAAGCAACCUUUUCAAAUUGGACUGGAUACACAUGAUGACAAAGCUGAGGCCAUUUGUCCACACCUUCUUGAAAGAAGCCAGUAGUUUGUUUGAGAUGUACAUUUAUACAAUGGGCGAACGUCCUUAUGCGUUGGAAAUGGCACAUUUACUUGACCCUGGAGGUAUCUACUUCCAUUCUAGAGUGAUUGCUCAAUCAGACUCCACUCGGAGACAUCAAAAGGGUCUCGAUGUCGUUUUGGGCCAAGAAAGUGCUGUUCUGAUCCUUGAUGAUACUGAAGUGGUAUGGGGGAAGCACAGGGAAAAUCUUAUACUGAUGGACAGAUAUCAUUUCUUUACCUCAAGUUGUCGACAAUUCGGUUUGAAAUGUAAAUCACUUUCCGAACAGAAAAGUGAUGAAAAUGAAGCUGAGGGAGCGCUUGCCUCUGUCCUAGAAGUACUGCAAAGGAUCCACAGACUAUUCUUUGACCCGGAACGUGGGGACAAUAUUAUGGAGCGGGAUGUUAGGCAGGUUCUGAAAACUGUUCGGAAGGAAAUACUGAAGGGCUGUAAAAUCGUCUUCACUGGUGUAAUUCCCAUACAAUGCCAACCAGAAAACCACUACUACUGGAAAUUGGCUGAGAAAUUAGGAGCUACAUUCUCCACAGAAGUCGAUGAAUCGGUAACACAUGUGGUCUCCAUGAAUGACAAGACUGAAAAGUCACGUCAGGCAGUGAGGGAGAAGAAAUUUUUGGUCCAUCCAAGAUGGAUUGAAGCUGCUAACUACUUGUGGCGAAAGCCGCCUGAAGAGAACUUCCCAGUCAGUUCAUAACUAAGCUAACUUGACUUAUUUGUAAAUUCUAGUAGAAUGCUUCUGGUUUCAUUCACCAACAGAUGAAGAAAAAUAGUUCGCGCCCGAGGGAAUCAAACCAAACUCUGGCUAGCCGUUUUCACAGAUCUCUUGAAUUUUGUCAACCAAAUUCAUGUGAUUGUGAGACCAAUUCAGAAUGUUGAUUGAGUGUAGUACCUUCAUAUCUUUCUCUCCAAAGCGUAACGAAAUGAUACAACUAACAGCAGAAUAUCACCUUGACGUGAUGAAAGUGAACGGUUAAGUGAAGUCCUUUUUAUAGGACAUUGUUAAGCUUAUUCCUGUGGAUAUUUGCUUUUUCUACCCUUCUAGUUAAAAGAAGGGUAACUUUCACAUAUAACACACAAAAAAUUCAUAUUUGUAUGCUAUAGUAAAAUUUUCAUAA